UCAAAAAAUCCUUAAAUGUUAAGGACCAAAAAUAGACUUCAGUCAUUUAUCUGUCUCUCGCCGUUGAAAAUUGAAGAAGAAAGCAGAAGCAGUAUUUUUAUUUUCCGACGCCGGCGAACCCCCCGCUCCUCAUUCUUUCGUCUCUCUCAAAAGCAAACCCUCUCCAACAUUCAUCAGUUGAGGCUAAUGGUUGUUGUUGGUGAGGCCUCUUUCAAGGCUCGUUUCAAUGCCCCAGACUCACAGAUCGCCGACUUUUUGGAAGGGGAAACUGAUUUGUUUAGAAAGCUACCACCUGACAUCUUUAGAUAUAUCAUGAGAAAACUCCAGCUUGAAUGCAUUAUAAGGUGCAAAUGUGUUUGCAAAUCAUGGCGCAAUCUAAUAGAAAUAGGUUUUUUUUAUCCGGAGGAGGAGAUUUGGAUCAUGAAGAUUCGGAGGUUCAUCAUCAUAAAUGCUGUAAUUGGCAAGAUAAAGGCUGAAAGGAAAAAGAAUGUGGCCGUAGGAGAAAGCAAGCUUUGGGUACUCGAAGAAAAAAUCAAGGACAAGCCUGUGGUUAGGGGACCAAUGCUUGUGGUCGGGGGAUCGACUAUUAUUGUCAUUGCUAUUGCGGUCGGGUGCUUCAUCUUUGGCGUAAGGAAGCGCUCUGUUUAAGUUUUAGGUGGAGUUUUUUUGUGUAUGAAGUUUUGAAAAUAUAGGUUAAUUUUAUAAAUGGGUUACUAAACUAUGAGCUUUGUAUCAAAUUACUAAACUUUGAUUUGUUUCAAAUUAGUCACUUAACUUUCUACUCC